CCAAUAUAAAUCCCGUCUCAUGGCUCUCUCCCCUUCUUUCUUUCAGUUCCUUUUCCGCCGCCCUCGCUUGGCCGGAAAUCGGACGUUCGAACUCUCGGCGCCCCAAAUGGGCUCGUCCUCCCGCAGAAGCCCUGAAAACCCUAGCGGAGACAAGCUCGAAGAUGACACCACCACUUACUUCGAUGUCUACGGCCCCGAGGGAAAAGCAGAUGUUAUUUUUAAGACUCCUGGAGCUGAUUCAGUAUUAAAUUUGCAGGAUAUUCAAGGACUUGUUACAUGGGUCAUGGGUGAUGGUCUCAUGCCAUCUUGGGUUUUUGUCAAAAACAAGCCACUUAUACGAAAAGUCAUCCUGCUCUAUGUUCCAGGCUUGGAUGCUAACUUGUACAUGUCAGAGUCCAGCAAACUUACUGGUCUAAGAGAAAGUUGUGGUACUCCUAAGCCAGUUCUAGCGCUAAGUUGUGUGUCAGAUGAGAUGCACACAGUCGAUGCGCUCCUAACAUGCAAAAUGAAAAGAAAACAUGAGGAGAUUGAUUUGGAUUCCCAGAUGCUCAAUGAAUCUUCAAAACAAGAAAAACCAUUUUCUUUGAAAAAUCAGAAGGAACUACCAUUCCCUAUUUCAUACUACACACUUUCCAAACAGGAGCUAGAGGAUAAUGGCUAUUGUUUCAGUCAACCAGGUUUUGUCUCCACUGUUCCUGCCCCUUUAGGGUGUUCACCCUAUGAAAUUCUUGCACUUGACUGUGAGAUGUGUGUGACUGUUGAGGGACUGGAACUUACAAGGGUGACAUUGGUUGAUGUUGCAGGAGAGGUUGUGCUAGACAAAUUAGUUAAGCCUUCCAAUGCCAUCCUUGACUAUAAUACCAGGUAUAGUGGAAUUACCUGUGAAAUACUAAAUGGUGUCACAACAACACUCAAGGAUAUUCAGGAAGAAUUUCUUGAGCUUGUUCACAAAGAAACAAUUCUUGUAGGUCAUUCCCUGGAGAACGACCUUUUAGCAUUGAAAACAUGUCAUGAUUUGGUGAUUGAUACUGCUGUUUUGUACAAGCACCCCCGUGGUUACAAGACAGCUUUACGGGUCUUGUCUAGGAAAUUUCUUUCCCGGCAGAUCCAAGUGUCAGGAAAUGGGCAUGACAGUAUUGAAGAUGCAAGAGCCGCAAUGGAACUAGCCCUGCUGAAGAUUAGACAUGGACCAGAAUUUGGCUCCCCUCCAAAAUUUAUGCGAAGCAAACUGGUCUCAGUUUUGCAUCAAAGUGGCAAAACCUGCUCUCUCAUUGAUGAUGUAUCCAUCCUCAAGAGAUAUUCUGAUGAUUCAUGCAAUACAAUUCCAGUUUUUUCAGAUGAUGAGGCUCUUUCCAGGGCUAUAAAAGAGGUAAGGAAUGAAAAAGUGAGUUUUAUCUGGACCCGAUUUUCAGGGUUGAUUUCUUAUUUGAAGGCUCAAGCACAAGAUGCAGAGAAAUUGAAAUCUCAAGUUGCAGAGGUGUUAUCAUUACUGACAUGUAAGAAGAAAUCAUCCAGGAAAGAAACAAAGCAUGGUAGAAUCAGUUCUGAAUCGAAGGAUAUUCUAAGUGGCAUAGAUAUUAAAAUCAGAAAACUCUACCAAGCAUUACCUGAUAAUGCUAUGUUUAUAGUUUGUACUGGUCAUGGAAAUACUGCCAUGGUUCAAGGGUUAAGGAAAUUGCUUAAGGAAGGCUGUGAAACAUCAAUCAGCAGGGAGAAACUUGUACAAGCCUUGGAAGAGCUCCAAGCCCAAGCUGAAGUUGCCCUAUGUUUUGUUAGCGUCAAGCAUUGAUUAUAUACAUAUGGAAUUAUUAAAGCUUCAUGGACCACAAACAUAACCAUCGAGCCUUGCCCCAAAUAUUUGGGGGGAUUGAGAAGGAAAAGAGGAACCGUGUGUUACUGCAAGCUCACUGAAGCGAAAAUGAUCUUCGAGGAUGCUAUUGCUGGGGCAUGCCAUCAGCAUAACCAUCCAGCUUGCCCCACAUAUUUGGGGGCUUGAAACUUCAUAAUGAUGGAAAGACAAAAGAGACCAUGUUACUGCAAGCUCACAAACAUGAAAAUUAUCUGCCAGGAUGCCAUUGCUGCAAAACAUCAUGUCUGUGAAACUCACCUGAGAAAAUUGUAGCCAUUGGAGUUUUAAGUGUUGUAAUUUGUAUCAGUGGAAUGUGAAAUUUACCCUACUUUCUUAGCAUGAUUCUGUAAUUUGGAAGCUUCUAGUCAUUAAGGGUUAAUUAACAAGUAAACAUAAGCAUGCAGUACCUAUUCAAUAGAGUUAAGGUCUUAAAAAUAGCUUGUUAGAAUAUU